AUGUGGCACAGGCUGCUGGGCUCCUGGGUGCCCCCAAGGGCUGCUCCACGGCUGCUCUCCCCAGGCCCAGCUGGCUCCAAUUCCCUGCGGCUGGUGGGUGGAGGGAGCCGCUACGAUGGACGAGUGGAGAUCUUGCGGCGUGGGACAUGGGGCAGGGUCCUGGCAGAGCAGUGGCACCUGCAGGAGGCCAGCGUGGUGUGCCGGCAGCUGCGGUGCGGAGAGGCAGAGGCAGCCUACACCCUGCCCAAGGCUGAGAGAGGGCAGGGCCCCGUGGGGCUGCGAGGGGUGCGGUGUGCAGGGCACGAGGCCAGCCUGCAGCUCUGCAACACCUCCCUGCCCCAGAGCCUGCUGGCAGCAGGCAUUGCAGAGGAUGUGGGGGUCGCUUGCAGUGGGAGCCGGCAGGUGCGGCUGGCAGGGGGCCGCGGGCGCUGCGAGGGCAGAGUGGAGAUCUACUCGCAGGGCAGCUGGGGCAGCGUCUGCGAUGACAGCUGGGACCUGGCCGAUGCCAGCGUCGUUUGCCAGCAGCUGGGCUGCGGAGGGGCGCUGCAGGCGGUUGGCUCCGCUGGCUUCGGGGCAGGCUCUGGGCACAUCUGGCUGGAUGGGGUCAACUGCUCCGGGGACGAAGCUGCUCUCUGGGAGUGCCCGGCAGGGCCCUGGGGGCAGCACGACUGCGGGCACAAAGAGGACGCCGGAGUCAUCUGCUCAGGGGUCAUGGCCCUGAGGCUAGAGAACAGCAGCAACUGCUCUGGGCGCCUGCAGGUGUUCUACAAUGGGACCUGGGGCAAUGUUUGCUCCAACUCAAUGACUCCCAAAACUAUCUCAUUGGCAUGCAAGGAGCUGGGCUGUGGGGACAGAGGGCACCUGGAUGUAAAUCUGUCCCACUCUUGGAUGUCUGGUCCUGCCUGGCUGGAUUGAGUGGAGUGUGGGGAGAAAAACAGCUCCUUCUGGCAGUGUCCCUCUGCUCCGUGGGACAUGCACUUAUGUGAAGAUCUGAGAGAUGAGACUCACAUCAUCUGCAAUGCAAAAGGGGAACUUGAGCUCUCAGAGCCCCACACCUUCCCCAGCAGUUUCCAGCUGGGCUUCCGGCAGCACCUGAGCGAUGCAGAGAUGUUUCUUGUCAAGGUCUAA